AUGUUCUGCAAGAAUUGUGUGAACUGCGACAUUCCUUGCUGCAGCUCGACAGAUCGAUGGGCAAGGUGGACCAUCUCAGCGCCAUGGGCGAAGAGACUCGGUCAUGAAGCGGUCGCCAUGCGAUCUGAUCUGGGAGAUCGGAUGGUGGUACUGGGAGGGCUCAGAGUUCCGGCAGACAUGGAGGAGAGUAGAAUCAAUGACGUGCUGCUAGGGAGCAUACGACAAGCUCCUGCUGUUGGGAACAUGUCCUCGACAAACUACGAGGUCCUCAAUGACGUGUGGGAAUCGUCGGACGGAGCGACAUGGCGGGAGGUCAGCUUUUCCAAGGUCUGGCCAGCACGGGCUCACUUUGGAGCUGUUGCCUCCUCCUCGAGCAUCAUGUAUGUGUUCGGCGGGUUGGGUUUAGAUGACAAGGGUGUCGUCUUGCUCAACGACGUCUGGAGGUGGAACUUCUCAACCUACAUGAAGAGCAGGGUGAUGGACGCGGAUAUCUCGUGGACCCUCCUGACAGCGUCGGCUAGUUGGACCCCACGAGGCGUGUUGGGAUCAGCGAGUCUUUUCAACAAGUUCUCGAUGAACAUGUCGAUCAUAGUGAUGGUGGGAGGCAUUCAGAGGAUGGAAAACUCGUCGGAAGAUCAAGCUGUCUUCAGAGAUGAUGUCUGGAUGUCGGGGGAUGGCUUGGUGUGGUCGCAAGUCACACAGAAGGCUCCUUGGGGGACUAGAAUUGGAUUUUCAAUCCUAUCACACGGCCGCAAAGACAACGAACAGCUCAUUCUCCUGGGGGGUAGCAAGCUCUCUUCCCCAACCUCCCCGAGCUCGGGAGCAGCGAAGAAUGACGUGUGGGCGUCUCAAGAUGGCAUGACGUGGAGCCUUAUCACCCCCAACAGCAACUGGAGAGGGAGACAAGACUUUGCCGUUGCCAGUGAUGGGCGUCAGCUGAUCGUUGCUGGGGGUCGAGCCAUUGUGGGAACCGACGAGACCAUCUUCGAGGACGUGUAUGCUUCCUCCAGGGAGUGCAGCUCGAGCAAGCAGACGUGUGACGCUGCUGGUAUGGAUUGGCUGCCAUCGAAUCUCUUGGAGCGUCAAAAUUUCUGGGGAAAGCGCUACGGACUGAAGAUGAUCUCUAUCAACGAGUCCAUUGUGAGCCUCGACAAGCCCUUCACACCAGCUGAAGUUCAGCUGCAGGUCGCCAUCGGAGGAGUCCAGCAGGAUGCGGAGGGGUCGCUGCAGCUUGUUAACGAUGUCUGGGUUUCUCAGCAGCGAUGUCGCACUGGCGAAUGCAAACUAUGUGAAGCUGGGAAGAAGAAUGAACAGUUCGGCCAGUCGACGUGCAACGAAUGCCCAGCAGGCACUUUCUCGCCCCAGGCUGGGAUGACGUUGUGCUCGGACUGCAAGAGUGGGACGUAUCAGGACAAGACGGGGCGAUCUACGUGCGAGGAAUGUCCAGCAGGUCAGAUGCAGGCUCAGUCCGGCAUGUCCUUCUGCUCGAGCUGUAUCCCCCAGCACUACUGUCCUCCUGGCUCCGUCGUCGCUCUCAGUAUCCGCUGGUGUCUCCCCGGAUACAGCGGAGAGGAUGGAAGAGCUCCAUGCAAGCUGUGCCCACCUGGGACGUACCAGAGCGAGGACGAGCAGAGCUCAUGCCUGAGCUGCCCUGAGCGGACAAACUCAUCCGCAGGAGCGACGUCGGAGGAAGAAUGCAUCCCCUUGCCAGCUCGUGAGCCGCCCUGCCUCGUGCUCAUCCCUACGCUGACUCCCAGCCGCUGCCCAGCUCCCCCAUCCUAUCAGGAGGUUCACGUGCAGUUCCUCCCCCAGCUUCGAAUUCUCAUCUCUGCAUCUCGUCUCAACUCCACCCAAGAGCAAUUCCGGCAGGCGAUCGGAGCGGCGAUCGGUGUGCCCCCUUCUCGGAUAGUCAUCAGCAGCAUCCAAGGAGGAAUCGUGUACUCAGGCAGCCUGUUGGACAUCCCUGGCCUCCUUCCUGGCGAAGAGGACGAAGAAGAAGUGCAAGAAAGUAGUCGACAAGAUGCAGAGGAGAGGGUGAUCGAUCUGGCGACCAUGAACAUCGCCUUACAGGCCGCAAACCUCGGGGUAGCCUUCAGAGUCCUACUUGGCAACGGAUCGCUUGCUCCAGAAGUCAGCAACCUUCCAACUACCACCCCAGCUGCCGUGACCACCAACGUUCCCAACUCAACUCCAUUGGUCAUCCACUGGUUCGACGGUAGCUCCUCCGAGCUCAAGGACGAGCUGGCCUCGCUGGACAAGAACGGGACCGCCAUGGGCUUCCUCAUUUGCCUCUCCCUCCUCGGCUGCUGCGCCUGCGUGUGUUACUGCAGGAGCUGCAGCCACACUGCAGGCAAGCUUGGCUCAGGUAGCGGGCGCGUGAUGCGUCGGAUUCAGCUGCAGCAGCUCCCGCUCGCCUUCAAACCCCACGACCCCAACAAGAGCGAGUGGAGGGCGUUGACGGGCAACAAUGCUGACAUGGACGACCUGGAGUGA